AGCUGCUUUCUCGCGCUUCUCCUCGCUGGCUCGCUCAGUCGUCGUUGCGCACCCCGCACUUUGGCACCGCUCAUCCUCCUCCAUCCCUUCUUCCUCCCGGAGACGAUGCGAGGCAGAGCGCAGGAAUUAAAAGAGGAGUAAAGCGGAGAGCGAGAGAGCGAGUCCCGUCAGACCGGAGGGCAGUUUGAUUCGCCUGGAUUAAACUGGCUGCGUCCAAAGUGUCCCGCUGAGAGGGUGAUGAGAACGACCUCCUCUGGCUUCACUCACCAGGCGCCGCCCCUCGCCUCGCACGCUCCCCUUGCCACAUCCUCCCCAAGUCCCUCCAACGUGGCUGGGCUCUCAUCGCACAUCUUUAACUUGGGGACUUGAACCUCACAGACUGCCAAUGCUAACAAGGAACUGCCUGCUGCUGUUCCUUUGGGUUCUCGUCCAAGACGGCUCUGUUCACUCUCUGCAUCCGCCUUCCUCGCCGCUGGGACAGGGCCGGACCGCGAGGGGCCACCGGGGCUCGGCGGGCUCGAUGAGGAAUGGGGCUGUUGGAUUUCAGCGGGUCAAGAGGGGCUGGGUGUGGAACCAGUUCUUCGUGCUGGAGGAGUACAUGGGGUCGGACCCGCAGUAUGUGGGCAAGCUGCACACCGACCUGGACCGAGGUGACAGCGCCGUCAAGUACACCCUCUCGGGAGAUGGCGCCGGCUCCAUUUUCACCAUCGACCAAACGACCGGAGACAUCCACGCCUUACGCAGUCUGGACAGGGAGGAGAAGCCUUAUUACACCCUGCGCGCCCAGGCCGUCGACAUCAACACCAAUCGGCCCCUGGAGCCCGAAUCCGAGUUUGUGAUCAAGGUUCAAGACAUCAACGACAAUGAGCCCAAGUUCUUAGAGGGGCCGUAUCGGGCCAGCGUGCCGGAAAUGUCACCUGUCGGGACAUACGUAACACAGGUGACGGCGACGGAUGCGGACGACCCCACGUACGGGAACAGCGCCAGGGUCGUGUACAGCAUCCUGCACGGACAGCCCUACUUCUCAGUCGACCCCAAAACAGGAGUCAUCAAGACGGCGCUGCCCAACAUGGACCGGGAAGUGAAGGAGCAGUACCAGGUGCUCAUCCAGGCCAAGGACAUGGGGGGGCAGCUGGGGGGGCUGGCGGGCACCACCACCGUCAACAUCACCCUCAGCGAUGUCAACGAUAACCCGCCUCGCUUCUCCAAAAGCUUCUUUCACCUCAGAGUUCCUGAGUCUUCCUCGGUGGGGUCGGCCGUGGGGAGAAUCAAGGCCCAUGACUUGGAUAUCGGCAGGAACGCUGAGGUGGAGUACACCAUCGUUCCUGGAGAUGGAGGCGCCAUGUUUGACAUCACCACCAAUGAACACAACCAGGAGGGGAUCAUCAUUCUCAAGAGGCCUCUGGACUAUGAAACCAAGAAAGCCUACACCUUCAAGGUGGACGCCGCCAACGCUCAUCUGGACCCUCGGUUCCAAAGCUUCGGGGCCUUCAAGGACACGGCGACGGUGAAGAUUAACGUCCUGGACGUGGACGAGCCCCCGGUGUUCAAUAAGCCCUCGUACGUGAUGGAUGUGUACGAGGACACUCCGGCGGGCACCAUCAUCGGCGCGGUGACGGCGCAGGACCUGGACGCCAGCAGCAGCCCGGUCAGGUAUUCCAUCGACUGGAAGAGUGACCUGGACAGCUACUUCGACAUCGACCCGGUGGAGGGAACCAUCUCCACCAACGAGCUUCUGGACCGAGAGACCAUCUCCCAGCACAACAUCUCGGUGGUGGCGACGAAGCUGAACAGUCCAGUGCUGACCAGUCGAGUGGCCGUCACCGUGCACGUGCUGGACAUCAACGAGUUCCCGCCGGAGCUGGCCACGCCCUACGAGACCUUCGUCUGUGAGAACGCCAAAGUGGGCCAGGUGAUCCAAACGUUCGGCGCGAGGGACCAGGACCUGCCGGCCGCCGGACAGCAGUUCUCCUUCAAAGCCUCGAAGGAGGACCUGAAAAACAAGAAUUUCACCAUCCGGGACUUUGGAAAUAACACGGCGGGGGUGGUGACCAAGCGCGGCGGCUUCCGCCGGCGCCUGCAGGAAAUCUACCUGCUCCCCGUGGUGAUCGAGGACAACGGCUACCCGCCCAAGAGCAGCACAGGAACGCUGACCAUCCGCGUGUGCGGCUGCGAGUCCGACGGCGCUUUGUUGACAUGCAGCGCUGAAGCCAUCUUCCUGCCCGUGGGCCUCAGCACGGGCGCUCUGGUCGCCAUCCUCCUAUGCAUCGUCAUCUUGUUGGUGAUCGUGGUCCUGUACGUGGGCUUGAGGCGACAGAAGAAGAAGGAGACCCUCAUGUCCUCCAAAGAAGACAUCCGGGACAACGUGAUCCACUACGACGACGAAGGCGGCGGCGAGGAGGACACGCACGCCUUCGACAUGGGGACGCUUCGGAAUCCCAAGGUGGUCAAGGAGAACCUGUUUCGCAGGGACGUCAAGCCCGAAACCAAGCGCUGCCCCAGACCUCCGGUGUCACAGGAGAGCGCCGACAUCCGAGACUUCAUCAACCAGCGUCUCAAAGACCACGACACAGACAAUUCGGCGCCGCCGUACGACUCCCUCGCGACCUACGCCUACGAGGGCGACGGCUCCGUGGCCGAGUCGCUAAGCUCCAUCGAGUCCGUCGCCAUGGAGCUGGAGGAGGACUACGAUUACCUCAACGAGUGGGGACCCCGCUUUAAGACGCUGGCAGGGAUUUUCGGGGAACAGUCAGAAACUCACUCGGACACAACGAACACGGAGAUUUCACAUUGACGUUACUCACCGACGCACACGUUUAUUUUGGUCGACCACUAAAUGUCUCGCCCCACCUUUUCUUCUUUCAUGCUUCUGGUUGAGUUUCCUGUGGUGUCUUCACAUGCCAGCUCCCAAAAUUGUAAGAAGUGUGGUCGGAUGGUGCGUCACGCAGUUCCCAAAACAGCUGCAUGUUCUCCAGGGAACAGCUGCCAGCUUCUAAUAUCGGCUGGUAAAUUCCUCACCAGGUGAAAAUGGAACCAUGAGGGAGAAGGUUUUGGACCAGGUCAAAGCCCCGACACACUGGGAGCAGGAGAGGUCCGCUCCCUUGUGGAGGUAACUUUGGGGUGUACUUCACUACUCCACUUCACUCGGAUCGUUUCUAUCUCAGAGAAGGAAGUCCUCCCCCUUCACCUGUCUUCACCUGUCACACUGUCACAUCCUCAUCCAUCCUGAACCUCAUGAGUAGUCUUCCUCUUCUCCUCUUUCACGGUGACGUUCCUCCAUUUCUACUAACAUUCUCCGACCAACACUGUCUCAUAACUGCAUCCUGUCUUCAUCUCUGACUCUUCUCUGACUCCUGAGUCUCCAAACAUUAGUGAUGGUCGAUGAGGUAUCAUGAAACGGUGUGGCGGGUUUGGUGAAACAAAGGCCACUAGAUGGUGCUCAUGAAAUCAUGAGAGAAGUCCUAAUAUUUGACUGCAGACAGCGCCCUCUGGUGGCCUCUGAAAUUCAGGCCACUGUGUCAUGAAGCCUCAUCCACCACCCUGACUGAACUCCCCUGUGACACUUCUCUUUCACUCUUGCUCAGUCUCUUCUUCACCUCCAUCUUCUGACCUCCAGUCCCCUGUUCUCCACCCUACCUCCUCCUCCUCUCCAGCAUCUCCCUCAGCUCCUCCUCACUCUCACCCCAUCCUCAGAAAGUCUGUCUCACUGACCUGCACGUUGCGUCUGACUUGCUCUUGCAUCACCACAUUUCAAGAAAUGAAUCCUGGAACUUUUGACGGUUAAAAAACAACAUUCCGCCUCAUAAACUCAAAUAUCUCUACAAGCGUGACGCACCAUCUCACCGCCAAGCAAAUUCCUUCAAGUUUAUUUCUCUGAUUUCCACGCUGGGAAUUCACGCAGUGAUGUCAUCAUUUCCCAAGUCAUCCUUUAAAAAAGUGCCUCAAUAUAAUUGCUAGCGGUCAGUUUCCAGCCUGGUCGCCUCCCUUCACCGCCGCCCGCUCCGGGACGGCGCGGUGGCUCGGGCUCGGCCAAAGAUCUUCUGAAUGUUUCUCUUAUUUAUUCUUGUAUUUAUUGGCUUAUUUUUUGGAAAUUGGGUUUUUGUGUAUUUAUCUAUUUAUGUCUCAGUCAUCGACCUGUGUUUUUUAUUUCUAGAGACACUGGAGGGUUUUGUAAUUACUCGCGGCCCACGAGAGGACGGACGCUGCUCGGGUCCUAUGUAUAGACUAGAGAUGUAAAAGAAGAAAUGUUUGAAAAAAAAAAAAAAAAGUGGCAUUAGGGCUAAAUAUUGAGGUUCUGUCAUGUAAUAAACACUUUUCUUAAAUAA